AGUGGAGGACCAUUGUGACAUUUUUUUUCUGGGUCAGCUAAUGUUGUGACGUCUUCAAAUGAACAAUUCAAUUUGGACACGAAGUAGCCUUGGCCUUGAUAGAGCGUCAAUGGAAGUGUUCAAGUUGUCUAAGCUAUUUGAAUUUAAUCACUUUGCUUAUAUAUAUACUAGCCAGCUUAGCCUAUUUUCUGACAUAAAUAAAACAGAAAGGAAAUAAACAGUGUGGGGAAAAGAAGAUUUUGAUCAAUAUGUAUGUGACGAGGCCUCUCUCUCACUACAUAAGGUUUCCUGAAGGUCCGAAUUCGGGUUAUUUGGUACUCCAAGAUGAUGAAUAUCAGACUUAUUCUUGUUUUGGAUUGUGCAAGAACCGGUACCUGGCAGAACUGCCGUUCCCUCAGAACAAGGAUCUGACCAUUCGAUAUUACACAAGUGCAGGCUAUGUCCAAUAUAUGUCUGACGAUGAUGUUGCCUUCAUUCCAGUUCUUAAUCAACCAUUGUCUUCCAAUCGUUACUACGCGAUAAUGCCUCAUGGGACACACAAAGGGGAAGCAUACACUUGUUCAAAGGAGGAAGACAAGGCCACUUGCUGUUUUUGUCGCCGCAUCCGAGAUGUAAAAUCAAGGCCAUUUAAUCCAAAUGACAUAUAUCAGCAAUAUGAGAUUGCUCCUUAUGAAACAUGUUGCAGUACCAAGGGUGACUUUUAUGCCAAGUCGGUAGCACCUGAUGGUUUCCCUCCAAACAUCUUGAGGAGAAAAGGGUGGAAAAUUUAUGGUAGAACUCCCAAAAACUACAAAUUAAGCGAAGCUCAAGGCCUCAAUGCUGCCCUCCGUGCACGCCUUCCAGAAUUUAACUUCCCAUUGUCCUAUAAGUGCUCUGAAGGCAUCGUCGUAGGGAAGUGGUAUUGUCCUUUCAUAUUUGUAAAGGAAGGAAUUUUGAAAGAUCAAAUAAAAAGAUCGAUGUUUUAUGAGAUGACACUCGAGCAAAGAUGGGAGCAGAUUUUCACAUGUGAGAAUAAUUCCAGUGAAAGAAAGAUGGUGUUUGUUGAUGUUGUUGUUCAAACAGAAGUUGCCUCGGUUGCUGGCAAGGAAUCCGUGUGGAAUGAGAGAGAGGUGGUCGAUGGGGCGAUAUGGUUUAGGAGUUUUGGCAAUAUGGGAGGAGGAGUAAGUGUGGGAUUAAGGGUAGAAAUUAUUCAAAGAAUGAAGUGGGAGGAAGAAAGAGCAGGCUGGCUAGGUGGGGAAAAAAGGCAAGCAAGGGUGAAGAGAGUGGAGGAGUUUGGAGGGGUUGGUGACUGGAGGAAAUUUGGAUGCUAUGUGUUGAUUGAGAGGUUUGUAUUGAAAAGAAUGGAUGGAAGCUUGGUGAUGACUUGUGAUUUCAAGCACACUCAUCAGAUCAAAAGCAAUUGGGAAUGA